AAGUUUUUUUGCCCGAGGGGUCCGUUGUAGAAAAGGUUUUGUUUUAGGGGGUCCGAACCCUAGCCGCCUCCAAGCUCGAUCGAUCUCGGCCAUCUCAUCCCACCCCAUGGCGCUGCGUAACCUGGUCACCAAGGUGCGGGCCCCGCUCUCCGCCGCUCUCCGGCCGCCGUCGGUAUCCCGCGGGUCGCCGGCGGUCCGCUCGUGGCCCUUCUCCGCAGCCCCCCGUCAGGGUGAACACCAUGGGAAAAGAAUUUUUGAUUUUGAGUCAGCCACUGAAGAGGAGGUCAUUCGGGAGGCAAGAUUGCUAGAUAAACAGAUUGACAAAAAUCUGUCACAUAUCAGGGAGUACGACGAGAAUGUCAUGCCAAGAGUUUUGCAGGGUAUAUAUGGAAAGGUGAAGUGGUUCUUUGGUGCUGGCGCCGUUGUCGAGCUCGUACGUCUGGGGAUUUCGGCACGUCAGGAUAGUGUUGGACAUUCGGAGUGAGGGCACUCUGCCGUUGAUGUUGUUGGAUGUCUCAUGAUGGAGCUCUCUGUUUAUCCCAUCCCCUAGUCUCUGCUAUCUGUCUCUGAUGUGUCAAGUAUAACUAUGCUUAUAUAUGGCCUGACUACCAACCAGCCUUCCGUGUCUUAUGUACCAGCACUCUGCUAAGCAACUCAGUUUAUACGGUCUGACUACCAGCUUUCCGUUCUUGAUGUUUCA